AUUUUAUUACAGGCCUGUUCCCUUCUCAUCACUUUCUCUGUUCAACAAAGGAAACAGGCAAGAUCCUUGUCUUCAUCUUCGUCCCCUCUCCACUCUUCCGAAUUUCAACCAUGUCUCCGCCACCGGCCUGGGUCAAGGCCUUGAAGCCUGCCAGCCCCCAGGGGUCUGAGCUGCUGGAGCAGGAACGCGCUCAGUCCAACGUCGCUGUUGAUAAGCUCGCCGAAUUGCUACAUACCAAGGAUGUGUUAGACCGACAGGACCGACUCGUGGCUAUUCUCUCGUCAGAGAAGGUUUUUGACAAGUCCCAGACACACUCCCUGGGACGGGUAGAGCGUCUCCAGCGUGCACUGGCCAAGGGUAAGCGUCUGCAGCAGCUCGCAGUACAGAAUAAAUGGUCACAGGAGGAGUUCUAUGCGGCCGCCGAUUUGAUCGGGGAGCCCACUCCUUAUGGUCUUCAUUCGACGAUGUUUCUGGUUACCCUGCGGGAACAAGGUACACCAGAACAGCACAAGCUUUUCCUCGAGCCGGCGACGAACUACAAAAUUAUCGGAUGCUAUGCGCAGACCGAACUCGGUCAUGGAUCCAACGUGCGCGGACUGGAGACUACCGCCACGUGGAAUCCUGAUGAUAAGACGUUUACCAUCAACUCUCCGAGCUUGACGGCGUCAAAAUGGUGGAUUGGGUCUCUGGGAAAGGUUGCAAACCAUGCUGUGGUGAUGGCCCAGUUGUAUGUCGGUGGCAAGAACUACGGGCCACAUCCGUUCGUGGUCCAGAUCCGGGAUAUGGAGACACAUGAGCCACUGGAGAACGUCUACGUCGGUGACAUUGGUCCUAAGUUUGGAUACAAUACGAUGGACAAUGGCUUCCUUCUCUUCAACAAUGUCAAAGUGCCUCAUAUCAGCAUGCUGGGUCGCUUUGCCCAGGUUGACAAGGCCACUAAUAAAUAUGUUCGACCAUCAAUGCCGACGCUCAUCUACGGAACUAUGACAUGGGUGCGCUCCAACAUCGUCUUCCAGGCCGGUUCAGUUUUGGCUCGCGGUGUGACUAUUGCCACCCGUUACUGCGCUGUCCGGAGACAGUUCCAAGAUCGCGAUGCUACUGACCAAGCCAGCGAAACCCAGGUUCUCAACUAUAAGAUGGUGCAAAUCCGGCUGCUACCUUUGCUAGCAGCAAUGUAUGCUCUGCACUUCACGGGCCGGGGUAUGAUGAGACUGUACCAAGAGAACCAGAGCAGAAUGAAGGCUGCCGCGCAGGCUGAUCAGGAGAAGCGUGGUGCUGGUCCUGAGGAGCUCCGAGCAGGCGCCGACCUAUUGGCGGAUCUCCAUGCCACUUCGUGCGGUCUGAAAGCAUUAGCCAGUACCACAGCAGGAGAAGGUCUUGAGGUCUGCCGUCGGGCCUGUGGUGGACAUGGAUAUAGCAGCUACAGCGGUAUUGGACCCUGGUAUGCGGACUACUUGCCCACACUGACCUGGGAGGGCGACAACUACAUGUUGACCCAGCAGGUCGCCAGAUAUCUGCUUAAGGCCGCCCGCGCAGUUCUGGCUGGCAAGGGUACCAACAGUGACACGAGCAAAAUCCUGCAGUUCUACCUAUCCCGUCGGGAGAAGGGUGGCUCUUUCGACAUCCUUGAUACCGACAGCGACAUCGUGGCCGCCUUUGCCUGGCGCACGGCACACCUCACAUUUGAGGCCCUGAAGCACCGGGACGUUGGCAAGCGGUCAUGGAACAGCCUCCUUGUGAACUUCUGGCGCUUGUCCACGGCGCACUCGCAGUACUUGGUGGUCAAGAACUUCUACGAAGCCGUAAACUCGCCUGAAAUAACCGGCGCGUUGGACAAGGAGACAACAACAACUCUCCACAACCUCUUCCGCCUGUAUGCGCUCCACACCCUGGAGCAAGAAGCAGCGGAAUUCUUCUCCUCAGGUGCAGUGACGACCCACCAGAUCUCCCUGGUGCAGACCAAGGCUGUGAUGAAGCUCCUCGACAAUAUCCGUCCCCACGCUGUCCGACUCGUGGACGCGUGGAAGUUCCCGGACUGGCAGCUGGAUAGCAGUCUGGGCCGAUACGAUGGCAAGGUGUACGAGGAUCUUUUCAGACGGGCCAGCGAAGAGAACCCAGUGAACGACCUAGUAUUCGAUCCUUAUCCGUGGAACGCGAAUGUUCUGAAAAACCAAGCACCAAAGAGCAAGCUCUGAUUUUUUGUUUCUUUUCUGUUCUUAAUAGUAUAUAGUGGAUGUUCGAUACCUUCGCUUGUUCUUUUCUUUCUGUUGAUAUGUCUUGGCUAUAUGUGUUCUUUUUAACUAUUGUCAUUUUGAAUUUAGGGCAAAACAUAAAGGCUAAUGGACUAGACGAGCGAUGAAGAACUAGAUACCUAGGGGAAAUACAACUGCUCUGUCCUGAACGAAGUGGGUUCUUCUUUUAUUUAAGAUAUGUAUAUAUCAACGACGCAUCCUACCCAUUCCAGAUGUUAAAGCAGGCCACUCCAAAACCCUCUCUCGGUCAUGCACCAUGCCCGUAUUAGCAGUAGAAAGACACACCUCUCCUCCAGCAGCCC